UGUUUAGGCUCAAUAAUCGUCUUAUUUAUUAAUAAAAACUGCGUAUACGUAUACAUGAGUUUGUUUGCUGUGUUUAUUGAAACAAUUUAAUCGCCAUAAGGUUGUGCUAGUAUCGCUUAGCCGAAAAUAAUGUCAUCUGGCGGCCUUUUAUUGAUUGUAUUUCUUGGGUAUUUCCUAUGUUUGCGAUUAACUCCAACCAAUGCCGCAUGUAGUACUCUUCAAUUUGAGUGUGACAAUGGCAGCUGCAUCUCAAAAUUUGACAUCUGCGAUGGUGUGAAAAACUGUCCAGAUGGAUCGGAUGAGACCGCCAUGACCUGUGUCAAUCAGCGUCAGCACUGCUCCAAACCAUAUUUCCAGUGUAGUUAUGGAGCUUGCGUUAUCGGGACAGCGGGAUGCAAUGCCCAAGUGGAAUGUGCCGAUGGGUCGGAUGAAACACUUUUACGCUGCGGCACCGAGGAUGAUAUACGUGAAUUUAAUCGCCGACUCCAGGGCAACUGCCAGAGUAAUGAGAUAAAAUGUCCAUCUGGCAUUUGCAUUGACAAGAACAAAUCACUCUGCGACGGCAAGGACGACUGCGGUGAUGGCACGGGAUUCGAUGAGUCUGUUGGCCUCUGCGGGCACACCGAUUGUCCGGGAUAUAGUUUCAAGUGCGGCACUGGCGGUUGCAUUUCAGGUUCAUUGAGUUGUGAUGGUAAAACCGAUUGUUUUGAUGGCUCCGACGAGGCACCACUGCUCUGCAAUACCACAAGAAGUAUGACAUCUGCUCCACCAGUUGUAACCAUAGAGCAAGUUGGCUGUCCCUUGGCUCUAGGCGAUGAACGUCCCAUUCUAAAGGAUCACAUUGGAAGACUUUUAACCCCGCCAAUUAACAAAGUAACGGUUCACUUUAGUUGUGAGUCUGGUUUCACCCUGGAAGGCCAGGAAUCCAGUCAUUGUGCCAAUCGAAAGUGGAGUGUGGCUCCACCAAAAUGUGUGAGAUAUUGCGACUCGAGGGGCAAGUUUGAUGGCUAUUCCACAAAGGCAACUUGCACCAAGGAUGGGCAGCUGGUGGACUGCAAUAAACGUUAUCAUCCGCCUGGUACUGAGGUGAAGUUUGUCUGUGCCACCGGUUUUCGUUCAUUACUGAAGACCACUCUUCCGGAUAUGAAAUGCAUGUGGGGAGGCUAUUGGAAUCGUGAUCGCGAACGUUGCGAACAGGAAUGUGGAGAGAUUGCCACCCCGACCAAGAGUUUCUCGGCCUUUGGUUAUAGUGUCAACAACACUGUGGUACCAUGGCACGUGGGCAUCUAUGCGUGGCAUAAUGAAAAGGACUAUAACUUCAUUUGUGGUGGUUCACUCCUUACACCAGAUCUUGUUAUUACAGCAGCUCAUUGUGUCUUUGACGAAGCGACCAGGCGAAUUUAUAGCUUUUCAACAUUCCGCGUGAUUGCUGCAAAGUUUUACAGAAAUUACAAAAAUGUCACUGACGAAGAACGACGAGUUGAUGUCCAGAAUAUCAUAGUGGCCCCAGAUUAUCAAGGUAGUACAGAUAAUUUUUACAAUGACUUGGCACUGAUGAUUCUAGAGAAGCCAUUGGAGCUCAGCAAUGUUAUACGACCAAUAUGUUUGAAAUUUUCGCACAAUGCGGAGAAGGAAUCCAUUAAUAACGAUGUACAGGGAAAAUUUGCUGGAUGGAGUAUAGCCGAUAAACAUGAAUUGCAAUUUGUUCCAGCGCUUUCGAAAAUGAAUUCUGUGUGCCGUGACAACAUCAAGGAUAUCAGAUCCGAUAAGUUUUGCAUAUUCACCCAGGGCAAAUCGUUGGCCUGCCAGGGUGACAGUGGCGGUGGCUUUACUGCAGAACGUCAAUAUACGGAGAACGCUCAAGUAACCCAUCGUCAUUUUCUAUACGGUGUGAUCAGCAAUGCACCGAAUGCUGAUCAAUGUGCUCACAGUCUGACAGUUUUGACCAAUAUACAACACUUUGAGUAUAUGAUCAAUAGGGAAUAUCAAUUAAGUGUUGAGGGCAGGUCCUAAGAUUAAUUAAUAUACGGAUUAGAAAUACAACAGAAUGUGAUAGUGAUAGUCGUACUCACUAUGUUUAUGUGACUUUUAUGUAAUUUUGUAAAAUAUAUAUAUAGUAAUUUUAA